AUUAUUUGACUGUUAUUCGUCCUGAUCUUGCUUCUGUUGUUCAUAUGGUUGGUCAAUUCAUUUCUGCUCUUCGCUCUAACCAUUGGGCUGCUUUGGCUCAUAUUCUUCACUAUCUCAGGGGUACCAUCUUUCAAGGCUUACUAUUGUCCUCUACUUUCUCUUUGGACUUGGUGGCCUAUGUUGAUUCUGAUUGGACUGGUGAUGUUAUUGAUUGCAAGUCUACAUUUGGUUUUAGUAUGUUUCUUUGUGAUUCCUGGAUCUCUUGGAAAAGCAAGAAACAAUCAGUUGUUGCUCGCUCUACUACCAAAGUUGAGUAUCGUGCUAUGGCUUAUGCCACUACUAAGAUU